AUGCAGGCUCCUGUUGUGGUGAUGAACACCCAGAGUGGGAGUAGACAAGUUGGCCGGAAAGCGCAGUUGUCCAACAUCACAGCAGCAAAGACUGUGGCAGAUAUUAUCCGAUCAUGCCUGGGGCCUAAAGCUAUGUUGAAGAUGCUUCUAGACCCUAUGGGCGGUAUCGUUCUCACCAACGACGGACAUGCCAUCCUCCGCGAGAUUGAGGUAGCUCACCCCGCAGCUAAGAGUAUGAUCGAACUCAGCCGAACACAAGAUGAGGAAGUGGGUGAUGGUACUACAACUGUCAUAAUUCUAGCUGGCGAAAUUCUGGCCCAGGCGCUCCCUCAACUCGAACGAAAUAUACAUCCUGUCGUCAUCAUCUCCGCUUUCAAACGCGCUCUUUCGGACGCACUUGCCAUAGUAGAGGAUAUAUCACUACCAGUUGAUAUUAAUGAUGACAAAGCCAUGUAUAAGUUAAUUCACUCUUCCAUUGGCACAAAGUUUGUUUCGCGGUGGUCAGAACUCAUGUGCAAUCUGGCAUUGAAGGCCGUAAGAACUGUUUCCUAUGAUGCGGGCGGUGGAAAGAAGGAGGUCGAUAUCAAGCGCUAUGCUCGUGUAGAAAAGGUACCAGGCGGAGAGAUUGAGGAUAGCGAGGUCAUUGACGGAGUUAUGCUCAACAAGGAUAUCACUCAUCCAAAAAUGCGACGGAGAAUAGAGAACCCACGAAUCAUCCUCCUCGAUUGCCCUCUCGAGUAUAAAAAGGGAGAGUCCCAGACAAACAUCGAAGUUUCGAAAGAAGAUGAUUGGAACCGGAUAUUGCAGAUAGAGGAAGAGCAAGUUAAACACAUGUGUGAUGCGAUCCUUGCUUUAAAACCUGACCUUGUUAUUACUGAGAAGGGUGUAUCUGAUUUGGCCCAACACUACCUCGUGAAACAGAAUGUUACUGCUUUGCGACGUGUCCGCAAGACAGACAACAACAGAAUUUCCCGCGCAACGGGUGCAACCAUCGUUAACCGAGUGGAUGAUCUCCAAGAAUCAGACGUUGGAACUCGAUGCGGUCUUUUUGAGAUUGAGAAAAUCGGCGACGAGUACUUCACAUUCCUCCGGAAAUGCUCUAACCCUAAGGCCUGCACUAUUCUUUUGAGAGGACCAUCAAAGGAUAUCCUGAAUGAGAUCGAGCGCAAUUUACAGGAUGCCAUGUCUGUCGCGAGGAACGUCAUUUUUGAUCCCCGUCUCUCGCCUGGCGGUGGAGCGACUGAGAUGGCAGUUUCUGUGAAGCUAUCACAAAUGGCCAAGUCCGUUGAGGGCAUUCAACAGUGGCCUUACAAGGCUAUCGCUGAUGCGAUGGAGGUUAUCCCCAGAACACUAAUCCAAAAUGCAGGCGCCAGUCCCAUCCGUGUCCUGACUAACCUCAGAUCCAAGCAUGUGGAGGGCAACAGCACAUAUGGUGUUAACGGCGACACUGGAGAAGUUGUUGACAUGAAAGAAUAUGGCGUGUGGGAGCCUGAAGCCGUUAAAUUGCAGAGCAUCAAAACUGCAGUUGAAUCUGCUUGUAUGUUGCUCCGAGUCGAUGAUAUUUGCAGUGCGAAAACCAUGAAGCAAUCAGCGAAUGUUGGCGGCGGUGAGGAAUAA